GCAACGAGGAGUACGAUAAGUUAUCUGUUUGCACUGAUCAACUAGCUGACACUAAUGGAGACCAUGAGAGUAACAUUAACAGGCCAGUAAAGUCGACACCCUCGACGAUGAAGUUGAUGCACAAGAUGACCAAUCAACGAGAUCAAGUACCUGAAAACAUUCCCCUUACUUUUAAGUUCCAAACUGCUGGUCGUGAUGAUAAUCAUCGAGAAACUAAAACCAGCAGCAGCAGGUUAACUAUUUCCAAUAAGAAGAGCCGUAGCAGUAGUGUGUCUGCUAUUAGGGUUUGCUCGGAAUGCAGCACAAACACAACCCCACUUUGGAGGAGUGGUCCUCGAGGUCCCAAGUCACUAUGCAAUGCGUGCGGAAUUCGACAAAGGAAAGGUAGAAGAUCCAUGGCUGAAGCUGCGGCUGCUGCUGCAACUGGAUUGACAGGUGGAACCACUGGCAUUGCUACUACCAAAUCAACAUCAGUGAGUAAGGGUAAGGAGAAAAAAUCACGUCGAGACCACAAUGUCAGAGUGAGUUGCAAGAAGAAAGGAAAACUCAUCAUCACCGACGACGACAAUACAAGUACUGCAGAACCUAGCAAAUAUUACAAGAGAAAUGAUAAACAACUCUGUGAUUUCAAGCAGGUAGCCGCUUUUCCACCAUCAGUACUAUUUCCUCUAGAUGUUGAAGAAGCUGCAAUCCUGCUAAUGAAUCUAUCUACUUGCCCGACUUUGAACCAUUCUUAAUAUACGUAUUAAAAUUCUGAGUAGCACUGAGCCUUUA